GUUGUAGCGUUCCUGCAAGGCUUGUUGUGCCGCAGCACUCCACGGACAGCCUUCUUUCCCCACAAUCGCGCUGCCUUCAUGCUGCAUAGCCACAAUGUGUGUUGCGCUUAUAUAGGAACAGCCGCCGACGUAUUUUCCUCAUUCGCGACAUACAUCCGGACGUGGUAGGCGUCGUAAAGGGCCGACAGCACAAAAAGCACGCGUUUUGAGGCUCCACACACACGGCCAACCGAGAUCUUCGUAGCCGUGUUAGCUGCUAGCUAAACCGCCACCGUCUUCUUCAGGGCGCUUUGUAGGCUAGGCAGGCCAGUGCGGAGGAAAUGAAGGACAAACAAAAGAGAAAGAAGGAGCGGACCUGGGCUGAGGCGGCUCGCAUGGUGCUGGAGAACUUUUCAGAUGCUCCAAUGACUCCAAAACAAAUUCUUCAUGUCAUCCAGACCAAGGGGCUGAAGGAAAUGCGAAGUGGUACAGCACCUUUGGCCUGCCUGGUGACAAUGCUUCACUCCCAGGUGAGGGGAGAUCGGGUCAAAAACAGCAUCUUCUUUAAGUUGCCCGGACGGAUGAGCCUAUUCACUCUAAAGAAGAAUGCGCUUCAGUGGACGAAGACUUCAGAGUCAGAAAGACAAUCUGAGCUGGGAAGCAGUGCCGCUACUCCAACCUCCAGCACCAACACUCCCACAGAGGGCGCAGCCGUUGGCCCCACUGAGACAACUGAGCAGGAGAGCUGCAACUCAACUGAGACCACUGCCUCCAAUUUGGCCUUAGCGGACGAAACAUCCUCCAGUGUUACCGGACCCACAGAGCUGCAAUCUACCAGCCAGCCCCAGACCCGUCUCAGCAGAGCGGCAGGGUUGCAAGGACGGACUGACAGUCAGCAGGUCCAACAUGUUCCACACGCCCAGACCAGACUGAGCCGGUCCCGACAGUCCGGACGGCAGCGGAAGAAAGCAGUCAUGAUGCCACGUGUUGUCCUCACUCCACUUAAAGUCAAUGGAGAGCACGUGCCGUCAGGACCGAUGAAGAGGAGCCGGGGAGGGGUGGAUGUGGACUUUGAAACACCGGGCUCUAUCCUUGUCAACACCAACAUCAGGGCUCUCAUUAAUGUGAGAACCUUCUCGGCAUUCCCAGCCCAGUCCCAGCAGCAGCUCCUGCAGCUUCUGCCAGAAGUGGACCGCCAAGUUGGACCAGAUGGAAUGGCCAGACUCAGUAGUUCAGCCCUCAACAACGAGUUCUUUACACAUGCCUCCCAAAGCUGGAAAGAGAGGUUAGCUGAAGGAGAGUUCACUCAUGAGAUGCAGGUGCGAUUCCGGCAGGAAAUGGAAAAGGAGAAGAAGGUGGAGGCGUGGAAGGAAAAGUUUUUUGAGGAAUACCAUGGACAGAAGUCUGGCCUGACUAGAGAGGAAUCCCUGAAGCUCACGAUGGGUGAUGCGAGCGAAGUGGCAACAAGUGUCCUGGACAGUGACAGUGUCUCUGUGGUGUCAACCGGUGCGCCUAAGAGACGCAGUGUGGGUCGGCGAAGGAGAGAUGGUCGGAUGAGGAGACGCACUCGGGCCGAUCUGCGUCGCCGGGCCCGUCGGACCCUCUGCAAAACCAGCUCUCCAGUGCUGCAGUCUGCUGAAGCUGCUGAAGACGUUGCUUCUCUGGAAACCUCCACUGUCUCCAUUGGUUCUCCCAUGUCAGAAAGCACAGUUAUUCAAGGUGAGGUGGUGCUGCAGGCUGAAUGCGACGAGGAGCUUCCACCGGACCACGUCUCCGUUGAGCCAAAGAGCCCCAUACCUGAACCGGUCCUACUGCCAGCCCCCACUCCAACUCCAAUUCCCAGCCCAGAGUCCACCAGCGAUGACAAAGAACCAAGCAUUUCAGGCUGUCUGCUGCCCGAAGAGGUUGCACCUGUAUUAGCUUCCACCUCAUCCCCGUCUUCAUCCUCUUCUUCCUCUGAUUCAUCACCUUCGUCCUCGCCUUCCUCAGCUUCUGAUCAACAGGGAGCAUUUACCACUGGCUUGGACUCUUCGUCAUCCUCCUCAGUGUCAUCUGGUGCCGCAAUCACUACGGAUCACCUGGAUGACACUGCGUCCGCGGUCACCUCAGUCACCGGGGGAACCGCCACCAGCAGCCGUGAAAGCAGCCCCUCUGAUAGCCCGGCAGGCACCCCUGCACCCAGCACCCAGCACAAGGAACAGAAACGAAGGCCCGAUGAGACGCGAGCGUUCUCCAGCUUCCCCGAAAAGAGGCCACGGUUGAAUGACCAGCAGUCCUUUCGUACCACAAUUGACAGGGUCCAUUCAGAGAAACCGCAGCCGACAACAGAGGAACCCAAGGUGCCUCCAAUCAGGAUUCAACUGUCCAGAAUCAAACCGCCCUGGAUCAAAGGGCACCCCACCUACCAGAUCUGCCCCCGCAUCGUGCCCCCUGGAGAGGCCUCGCGGAGGUCGGGGACGGGGGGCGCGCGGACGCUCGCAGACAUCAAAGCCCGCGCCCAGCAAGCCCGCGCCCAGCGGGAAGCCGCUGCUGCUGUUGCAGCCUCUGCCGACGGGCCAGGGCCGAACAGGGUCCGGCUGCGGCCUGCUGCUGGGUUACCGGAUAGCAACAGUGGACAGAGAGCACAAGAACAUCCAGGACCGAUUGAGCCAGGAGGAGGAGGUGGCGGGACACAGGAACACGGAAAGACUUCUGAAACGAAUCCAUCUGGAGCACAGCUACAGCAUCCCAAUGUAGAAGGCAAAGCCCAGCCAUCCCCGCCUGCUACCUCAACCACUGUGUUCUCGGAGCACCCGCAGACAACGAGCCCCUCUCAAAAAGGGGUGGGAAGGCUUCCUGUGGCCGAGGAAGGAUUUAUUCCAAAAUCAUCCGGUAUUCAAACCCCUUCUGACAGACCUGCGGUCCAAGCAACUAACGAGACUGACACGGCGGCAAAUUACGUAAUGUCUUCUCGCGAAAGGCAAAACAAGAUUACUGUGUCUGCUACUUCCCCUUCAGAGAGGCUUGAACCAGUGAGGGACAUUAGGCCACUCGCGCCAACCUCCAUCCCUGAUUCCCUUCCCAGGUUUGGGGCUCAGGGUGUGGUUGUUCAGAAGCUGGUCAAAUCCGUGAUGCCCGUGGAGGUUGAGCAUGAGAAAGAGAGAGGCCUUGGUGGUGUAAUUCAACGUGUUUCCCUUCACGAGGAUUCCCAGGACACUGACACUGACUCGGCCAUAACACACCAAGCAGAAGCGUCAUCUCCUCGUGUGGACUCCUCUGGCAGGGAUGAUGACGCUGGGAUGCAUAGUGAUUCCACAGAAACCGCUUCAGACUGUGAGAAUGAGAGCCACCUGGAUGAGCAGCAGCCCGACCAAGAUUGGUGUUCCCAGAUGAGAGGCUACCGAAAGGUCGUUUGUAGCCCUUCUCUGAACCACCAGCCGGUCAUCCAAGCGCACGAGUCCGCUUGCCACGGUCAAACGGUCAUUCAGCCUUGCUUUCCCAACGGUGUGACUCAUGCUCCACAGAGCCGGACCUUUUCUCAAGAUCGACGGUCUCACAACAACGUUGUUGUCAAAGUCGAACCUGUGGAUGAUUGCCGGAACACCAGACAGUGUUCUACGGAAGAAGAGUAUAAUGGACGUAGUAAGCCCUCUACCUAUCCUUUGAGUAUUUCUGGAACCUCCAAGAAAGUGUCCACUUCCACUAGACCAGUGUCCAGUGUGGAAGCCAACAACCCUCUAGUGACACAGCUUCUACAGGGUAGCCUUCCCCUUGAUAAAGUCUUACCCCCACACUGUGCCGACAGGCUGGAAAUCAGCCGACCCGCAGGACCCCAGCGAAGACCCUACAACAGGGCCGAGGCGGCAGUCCAAUUACCUAACUCGGAAGGAAGCGUAGCUCCUCAAGUCAAGUCCCAGAAAAGCUACCCUGUAUCGUGUUUAAUGGAGACCCCAACUACACCACAGUAUCAACCUCAGCAGGCAUCCGGGGCCAUCCCGGUCAUCACCUCGCCGCCGUUCACCACGUCCAGCUCUAAUCAUAGUGUUGGGAUGGUAGUUAUUAAAGAGUCUACUGUCCACCAGCCCUCACAAGGAGCUAUACCAAACAGGAGUCAGUCUGCUCACAGGACCAUACUGAAUGGCCCAUCGCCAACUCACGCAGACCCUUGUCCCACGGAAGUUGUGCCUAGUCUCAAAAUCAAUUGGCGAUCCCCUCAGUCACAGAUUCCCCUUGCCAACCACCAAGAGCCAGCCCCUGCUCCCAAUGUAAAGACUGAAGUUGGUUCAAAGCCCUCUUGCCAGGCAAUUGCUAAAGCAUCCGUUGUUGUCACCAAGAAAGAGCCGCUGAGUUCUAUGGAUGGAUACCCGAGUGGAGGAGCGAUGGAGGGACUCAUUAAUAUGGAAAUGAAUUUGUCCCGGAUGGCCAAAAAUGAGCUCAGCAAAGCUCCGUACUCCAGUUAUCACUCGUCGUCCUCCUCCCUCCCCUUCCAGCUCUACGGGAAAAUCUCCAAGCAGGGCGGGGGUCUCGGUGGCGUCAGCUACACCGCCAACGUAUCUGUGAUGGACAAUAGCAGCUUUUCCCGAAACAUGACUGACGGCGUGCUGCAGCUGCGGCCUCGUUUGGCCACCAGCCAGGCCACGCUCAGCAUCCAGACCUUUACUGACAGUACGGCCGAGGAGGUGUCGCUUAAGUGCUCCUGUCGCCUCAAAGCCAUGAUCAUGUGCCAAGGCUGCGGGGCCUUCUGCCACGAUGAUUGCAUUGGGCCCUCCAAGCUCUGUGUGUCUUGUUUGGUGGUGAGAUAAUAUGUUGAAGAGCUGCCGUUACCAAGUCAAAUCCACACAGGAGUGGACAGACAGGCAAGAGUUGCCUUGUAAAUUAUAACUGGGCUGUUUGUUUUUGUUGCACAUUUUCAGAUUUCCUCUUUAGCUGUAAUUAUAUAUUAUUGAUAUUCUUUUUAUUGACUCUUAUUAUUUUGAGGCAUGGUUGGUUAUUUGCUAACGUUUCGGUUAUCACGCCUCAAAAUCAUUUACCUCAUCUUGUUCCACCAGUCAUUAUUAGGUGGCCAUUGUUUUUUGUUUCAUGUUGUCUGCGCAAAGAAAUAUUUUUUUAACCAUUAAAGGAGUAAACAACAGUA